UGUAAACACAGGAAAACAGCCGGGUCGGGCAUUUCUUUCUAUCGGUUUCCUACGGACGAAGAGCGUCGGCAAAAAUGGAUCAAUGCAAUAAAACGUGAACCGGGUUGGAUGCCGAAUGACGGGAGCCGUCUCUGUAGUGCACAUUUCAUUUCUGGAAAACAGAGCAGAAAUCCUCUGUCACCGGAUUAUGUUCCCUCAGUUUUUCCAGACACGACAUCUCCUGACAAGAAACGGAAGAGGACUGCUCUGGAACGGUUUGAAAAGCGUGAGGCACUAAAACUUCGCAGGAGAGAGAAUGCCGCUAAAGAAACAGCUGCACAGGCUCUAAUGACUUUGCAAACUGAAGCCUUAGAAAAGGUUCAAAUGGAACAAGAUUUGCAAGAGGAAGCAGCAGAGACUUUACUGAGUCUGCAAGUGCAUCAGCCAUCUAUGUCAUGUCAAUCUGCACAGCAAGCUUCAACUUCAACUUCUUCCCCUUCAGAUACAGUAAGUGCAGCCUCCAUUGAGUUAGAGUGUAGGAGACUGUUGGAGGAAAAUCAUCAUCUCAAAGAAACUGUAGAACAUUUGUCACUGUCAGAAAACAGCUUCAAAGAUGAUGACAAGGUCAAAUUCUGCACAGGUCUUCCAUCAUUAACACUACUUCAAACUGUUCUUCAGGAGAUUUCACCAUUUCUGAACACUCAUCCUAAAGCAGUUCUUUCAAAGUUCCAGCAGCUACUAAUGACACUUAUGUACCUUCGUCUUAACCUCUGUAAUCAAGAUUUAGCCUAUAGAUUUAAUGUGAACUGCUCAACUGUUUCAAGAACAGUUAAUAGUGUGAUUGAUGUGCUUUAUGCAAGGUUGGUUCCCAUGGCUGUGUUUUGGCCUGAAAGAGAAGAAUUAAGGAAAACCCUUCCAAUUGUGUUCAGAUCUGUAUAUCCAAAGUGUACAGUGAAGUCACAAUGGAACGAUCAAGUGACCAAAGGGCCAAGUCGCAAACAUACUCCAGUUACAAGGCCAGGAAUACCUUGA